AAAGAACCUCAAACAAAAACAUAUCAUAGCCGUUAUCACCUCAAACACCCGCCCCCACUCUCCGCCUCCGCCGCCCUUCUCCUCCAUUAAACUACCACCACCCGGUUCUUGAAUCUGUAUAGAAAUCCCAGACAAGACUCCAUGUUUCUAACCCCCUGAGAAAAAAAAAUGAAAUCAAUGAAGGUGAAGCUGCUGAAGAAGCUGAAAACAAUCAAGAUAGUGGGCCAUAACUCUAAGCAGGAAAGAGUUCUCCGUUUGAAGGCUUCCGAUGGGUAUGUCCACCUUUCGCCGCCGUCGACGCCAGCGGCGGCGGCCCCACCCCAUUCUCCAUUGUCCCCCAUUUGUCUCCAAGAAAAAGAAGAAGAAGAACCAGAAAUCAUUGAGGUUUCGGAGCUGAUGAAGGAUCUUGAAGAUGAAGAAAUGGAGUUUCUUGAUGAGGUUGACGACAAGGAGAACAUUAGGCCUGUGUCGGAGGCUAAAAAUUCGGAGAAUCUUUCCCCAUUGAAGCCAAAGAUUGAAGCUUUUUAUGGUAAAGAAUUGCAAAGAGGGGAUUCAAGAUUCCCCCCUCCUUUGUCUGAGAUUGAUGUGUCCACCUUUAGAUUUUUACAGGCAGCAAUAGAAGCCAAAAUGCAAGAACCACAAAAACUGCCAGCCAUUGAAGCCAAAAUUCAACACUUAUCAUCAUCAUCUGAAGAAGAAGAAGAAGAAGAAGAAGAAGAGCAAGAACCACCUACGAAAGCCCAAAAACUGGAAGAAAAUACUAAUCCCCUACUAGAUUUCGAAGAGAAAUGUCCACCAGGGGGGAGUGAUUCAGUAAUCCUGUACACGACAGGGCUUCGAGGGGUACGGAAAACGUACGAGGAUUGCCAAAACACAAGAUUCCUGCUGGAGAAUUUCCGGGUUUUGUUCUUCGAGCGAGACAUCUCAAUGCACUCGGAGUUCAAGGAGGAGCUGUGGGGAAUCCUGGGACAAAAGGUGGUGCCACCAAGGCUGUUCAUCAAGGGGAGAUACAUUGGAGGAGCAGAGAGAGUGUUUGGGUUGCAUCAACAAGGGAAGUUCAAGGCUCUUCUUCAAGGCAUUCCUCUUGAUGUUUUGCAAGAGCCCUGUGGAGGGUGUGGUGGGAUGAGAUUCAUCCUGUGUUUCAGAUGCCAUGGAAGCAGAAAAGUUCAUGUGGAUGAUGAUAAGAAUGGUGAUGAUGAUGAUGAUGAGUGGAAGAAGAAAUGCCCAGAGUGUAAUGAGAAUGGGUUGAUUGUCUGCCCUCUGUGUUGUUGAGUUGAUUAAGUCCGCAUAGGCAAUUCAACUGGUCACAAAGAUGAAAUUUGUCAUGUAAAGGAUCAAGAAUAAGUCUCAUCAGUGAUAGUGCGGGAGCAACCUCUCAAAUGAGGGACUCCUUGUGUGCGUGCAAUCUAGCCUCGGAUGAUCAAUUGAGUCAACGUGAUUUAACUUUUCACAAUCUUAUCGGACCGGCCAGCCUGUGGUGGCAUAUGGAGUGGGCGUUUCCACUUUUUUGUGACAAGGGUGGAGUUGAGAUGAUUGAUUCUUUAAUGUUGGGAAUCUGCAGUUGGUUAUAGAUUUUCAUAGUAAUUACAUGUAGAAUUCGAGAAGACACAACCAAUGUCUGUAUCUGUUCUUUAAUUAAUUUUUAGUGUGGGUGUUCA